AUGUUCAAGGAGUACGGAGCGGGCAGGCCACCCGCUCCGGGAGCUCAUCGGCAGCGCUUACAGAACCCCGCGCCCACCUUUCGCCCAGCGUCUCAACAGAAGUACCCAUCUGAUCCGGGGGCAGGACCUAGUAGCAGUGGUGGCUUGGUCCCUAGUCUCAACACCGUCACCACCAGCCACGAUCUCCAGUGGAUGGUCCAACCCACACUGAUGGGUGCCUCUCCGGGAAUCCCCCCGUAUCCACGGCCCUACCGCUGCCCACGUGACUUGGCCGCUUUGGCUGGAAUUCGACCUGGCGUGAUCCGCUCCGCGUGCCCCAUCCUAACUUCCCGGAGGCGUCAUUCAGAUCAUCUAACGCCAGAAGAGGAGGAGCGCCGUCGAUUGCGGCGGGAGAGGAACAAACUGGCAGCUGCAAAAUGCCGGAACCGCCGGAAAGAGCUGACAGACUCCUUGCAAGCAGAGACAGAUGAACUGGAGUCGGAGCAGUCCACCCUGCAGAAGGAGAUCGCGGAGCUACAGAAACAGAAGGAGCGCCUGGAGCUGGUCCUAGAAGCCCACCGCCCGGUCUGCAAAGUCCCGGAGGACUCCUCGGGUGACGACGAAGAGGAGAAAAGCCAGAGGCCAGCAGCCUCAGCCCCCCUCCCGGCCAAGCCAGAGUCCCCGCCAGGCCGCAGAGCCCCCCAACGAGCUGCUCUGCCGCCCCCCUGCAUCACUUUGCCCCCCACGGGGGGUAUCCUGGAGCCAGAGGCGCUGCACACCCCCACCCUGAUCGCCACACCUUCUCUCACCCCCUUCACCCCCAGCCUGAUCUUCACCUACCCUGCCCCGGGCGACCCCGAGGGGCCCUCCAGCUCUGGCUUCUCUCACGAGCCCUGCUCGUCUGCCCACCGGCGCAGUAGCAGCGGGGACCACUCCUCUGAUUCGCUCAAUUCCCCGACCUUGCUGGCGCUCUGA